AUGGUUCGCACGACGUUGAUCCUGAGCGCACUGUUGGCGGGUGCCGUGUCGGGGGCACUUGUUCCACAGCACGAAACGCUCGCUCCCGGUCGAGAGACGCACAUUGGAACACCGGUGCAGCACAUCUCUCCGGACAUGGUCCCACUUUCGCACCCACGCAUUCCCGUUGCACCACAGGCUGUCCCGCACGAUGCUGUGGACGAACCAUCGGCGUUGGUGAAUGCACCGGCGAAGCUCGAGACGCGCAAGCACCACAGCAAGGCCAAGAAGGUCAACGGAGGCAAGGUGACGUACUACUACGGGUCGCAACUGCUCAACCCCGCAUGUCCCGGUGCACCGACGCCGAGCGACUCGAGCAUGACCGCCGCCAUCAGCUUCGACUCGCCCUUCCAGUGCGGCGACCGAGUGAGGAUCUCGGAUCCCCAGGGCAAACAUGCCGUGGUGACGGUGGUGGAUCGCUGCGCGGGUUGCACGUGGAACUGGAUCGACGUUACCAAGGGCGUCUUCCAGGUGUUCUCGGACCUCGACACCGGCGUCCUCACCGACUUGACCAUGACCAAGCAAUAA